CUGCGCAUGCGUGAGCCUCAGUUAAGCGAGUGGAGCGUGCUGAGUGUGAGUGAGGGUGAUAGCGUCUGUGGCUGAGGAAGAGGAAGCAGCAUUUGAACACACUGAGAGCUUCAGAACUGUGUCACUGACAUAAAGAAGGACUGAAUCAACAAAUAAUUUAUAGAGAGAAGAAUGAACAUUAUCUUGACUUUCACUCUACUGAUGAUUCCUGGUGCUGUGACCUCCAUCAUUGUGACAGGAUAUUCAGGGGGUGGAGUCAUCAUCUCAUGCAAAUAUGAGAAACAAUAUAAGACGAAUGUGAAGUAUUUUUGUAGAGGUCAGUGGUCAACAUGCUCCGACCUCAUCAGAACUGAUAUGAAAGAUAAAUUGGUGCAGAAAGAAAAAGUUUAUCUGUAUGACAACACAAGAGCUGCAGUCUUCAUUCUGAUCAUCAGACAUCUGAAGAAACAGGAUACUGACAAAUAUUAUUGUGGAAUUUAUCGUCCAGUCGCACUGGACUCCAAAACAGAAGUGCAUCUGAAAGUUAGAGAAGGUGAUCAGAUCAGGACUGUGAGAGGAUAUUCAGGUGGAAGUGUCAUUAUAAACUCCAAAUAUGAGCAUGAACACAAGUGGAAGUUGAAGUAUUUUUUGAGAACUGAAACACUUCGUCAGUAUUCUGAACAGAUAUCCACAAAGAAAGUUGAGGAGUGGCAGCACAAUGGCAGAUUCUCUAUUCAUGAUAACAGAUCUGCAGAUCUCUUGCAAGUGUUUAUCACAGAGCUGGACGUGGAAGAUUCUGGAGAUUAUACAGUUGUGUUUAAAGUUUCUGAAGACUACAGUUUCUUCUCUGAACUGAACCUGGUUGUAAACGAUGAUGGUUGUUGUGAGAACAUCAUCAGACUCGCAGCUACUUCAGAAGAAUCUGUGAACGUCAGCUGCAGAUAUCCACAAUCUCACAGGAGCGACCGCAAGUUUCUCUGCAGAAGAUCUGGCACUUAUAAAUGUUCUCAGAUAGCAUCCGUAAAUGAGAGCAGAAGAUGGACACUAGAAAGACAGUUUCAUCUGUAUGGUGACAGAGAAGAUCAGCUCCUGACUGUAAGCAUCAGCAAUGUCACUCAACACAAUUCAGGAGAAUACUGGUGUGGAGUUGAAUCUGAUCAACAAUACAUGAUCUUCAUUACACAAGUCCAGCUCACUGUUACUGGGACAAAUAAUCUAAUACCAUCACCAUCAUCUUCUUUCUUCUCAUCCAUCACAACUCCACUGAUCACAGAAACCUGUAGAUCUAACAUCACAUCUGUGUCUCCAUUAUCAUCAGACUGGUCUCUGAUCAUCAGUCUGUCUGUUGUUCUGGUUCUGAUCUUUGUUGGACUCUUAUUACUGAUAGUGGCUCUCUAUAAGAGGCGUCAGACUCAAGGCGCUGACUCCUCAUCCAAAGUAUCUCACAUCGGACCAGGACAAAAUGAAGUGGUUCCUCAAAAGGCUUGUGAUUACGAGGAAAUUACAGACAUCAGACUUUACAAUGAUUCAGAUACAGGAAGAUCCACUGUCUACAGUACUGAACAAAUAGCCAAAAAUCCAUUUGAUUCUAUUCAAACCACAGUACAAUUACUCACUAAACCCUCUGAUUUUGAUAUUGCUCUUUAUUCUACAGUUCAAGAUCCCAGAAGUGACAGGUCUGCUGAGGAUCUGAAUUAUGCAGUGGUGAACUUUCACAAGAAACCUGACUGUGCUGAUCGUAUCAAUUUUAGCAAUAAUCAGAAUGACAGUGAUUAUGCUACUGUCAGCUAUGACACUGUUUGAGCAGAAAAUGUUUAUUUGUAAUUAAGUUAUUGAAAAGGAUAAACAGGUGAACAAUAUCGGAGUAAGAAUGUGUGUAGAAGUGUCUGGCUUCAUGAGUGAGUUAAAGAUAAAACAUUCUUUGUAUCAUUUGAAGUAUUUGCCUGUAACUCAUGCCGGAUGUGCCAUACCGUAUAUGCACCUGUAUACAAUUACAGCGUGUUGGCAUAAAACCAUCAACAUACUAUUACAGUUAAUGUAUUUCUGAACAUUUAAACAUUCAUUUGCAUCUGUAUUGAAAUGAUAUUGAAUGGUAAAUAUUAUGGGUUCUUGUUUAGCAGCUGUUCUUGGUCUGUAUUAAUGUCACUUACACUGUAUGGAGUUUGGACUGAUGGCCAUUAGAGGGCAUAGUUUGAGCUGGUCUUUCUUAAUUGCCUGUUUCCUGUUACAGCUUUCUUCUAAGUCUGUAAAUCAACCGGGUCAAAUUGAUUUUUUAUAACAUAAUUUCUAAAUGCAUGAUAUUAAUCAUUUUAACAUUGCCGGAUUUAAAUCACCUCCAUGGAUGAAAUGACGUUCCAGACCAAAAAAGUUAAAGUUACGUUGAUGUAAACCAGUGUUAAACGUUCAGCAUACAAGGUAAAGUUGAUGUAAAUGUAUAUGAUAUUGAACAAUUAUGUACCAAAUUCCAAUAAAACACAAAUGUGUAAAUGAAAUGAAA